AUGCAGUUCAUACCAGUCCGUAAGGCUCUGGUCCCAUUCCCACAGCCCCUGCUGGGCUCCCAGCUGCUGGGUGACCUUGAACAGACUCCUCCAUCUCUCUGUGCCAUAGCUUUCUUGUUCCUGACAAAGUCUGAGAGUCUGGGGGCUGCCUCCUUCACAGGCUGUUUAGAGGCUCAUGAUGAGCUUGGUUUCUCCAUCCGGACGGCACAGGGACAAGGGAGCUCGCGCUCCGAGGUUCAGCCCACCCUCGGGGGUGGGGCUGGGAGUGAUCACGUGCAGGGGCUCCGGGUCCCUGAGCCGCCCUGCCCCGCCCCGCCCCGCCUCGCCCCGCCUACGGGCCCCACCGCGGUCCGGAGCCGCGAGCGCAGAGGCAGCCGGGGGCGCCGCGCGGGUUCGGAACGCGCCGUCUCGCAGGGGCUGGUGAGGUUGGCGCCGCCGCCGCCGCGGGCGUCCGGGGGUGCGUGUUCGCCGCUCGGCCCGCUCCCAGCCAGCUGUGCAAGCGGCUGGACCGGCAGCAGCAGCAGCGGAGACUCGAGCGCGGGCGGCAGCAGCCGCGGGAGCAGCGACACCAUGGAUCUGUCCUUUAUGGCCGCGCAGCUGCCCAUGAUGGGAGGAGCCUUCAUGGACUCGCCCAAUGAGGACUUCAGCACCGAGUACUCCCUCUUUAACUCCUCCACCAACGUCCAUGCAGCCUCCAACGGCCCAGGCCAGCCGGAGGAGCCUCCGCGGUCCUCCAACGACGCCGUCUUGCUCUGGAUUGCCAUCAUAGCGACGCUGGGGAACAUUGUGGUGGUGGGGGUGGUGUACGCCUUCACCUUCUGAGGGACAGAGUGCCCUGGAGCUCCAGGACGGCUCACCCUAUGCUGGGCUCACAGCGGGGCGAGGCGUCCCACGGGCACCAUCGCUCUUGGCCUUUGGCUGUGCCCACGUUCUAGAACCAGGCGCAGCGACUAUGCGUCCGGAAUUUCCCCAGGGAGCCCUGGUUUCAAAUAUUCCAUGCUGUGGUCAAGCUGAUCCAGAAAACAUGGGAGCAUGGGCUUCCAGCCCCCGGAGGCGUGACGGGGCAAAGUCUUCAAGGAACAGACUGGAGGAUUCUUGAAACUCCAUUCCGAGAACUUGAGACCAGAGGGCGCAGCCAGUUAGGUUUAAAAUACAGACAUGGUUGGACGAUGCAUUGCUGGCAGUAAAUAAUCACUUAUGUGUCUUGUUUUUAUGCAGACUUAUCACACCUGGCGUGUGGGGUGCCGGGGCAGGAGCAGCCCUCCAAACUUCAGUGUUCCCACCCCAAUCUUGCUUUCCCACGCAGCCCCUUGAAAUAUUGAUGGCCGUCACUUGAAUGGCCAUUGAUGGUUCCUAGUUUGACUUGGAAAGGGCACCUUGUCACCAGAACCUGACUCCUUAUGAGACCCCAAAUGAUCAGGAAACCCAAAGAUGGCGUGAUGGCUGGUGCUGCAGAGGGACUUCCGGCUGCUGGCGGUGGUGGUUUUUAUCUGCUGGAUGGACUUUCUCUUUUUAAAAAGAGAAGACGCAUUUAAGAAUCAGAUCUGCCAGGCAGUUUGCUCUCCAGACCACCCAUGGGAAGGUGGUCUUCUCUGAGAGAACACGGCCUUCUACAGUGGAAGAAGGCUCCCGUCCGCCUAAUCGUUUGAGGGAUGGGAGUGGAAGGGGCGUGGUUUGCCUGUGGUCACACAGCAAGUUGAUGGAGGGGUCGAUUGGGAGGGACGUGUCCUGACUCUCAGCUCGGAGUGAAGGGCUCUCUCCAUCCAGCUAAGUGCUCCUCUGAGCCGAUUCUUGUCUACCCGGCUGCCUCAGGGAGAAUAUCCAGAGGGUCUUGAAGCUGUGUGCAAGGUGGGUGGGGCGUCCAGACAGCUACAUUUUAAACUGGGUUUGGCUUCCGUGCUCUCUUGCAGUUGAGAACGUGCUCUGCCCAAGUCAGUUUCAAUAUAAAGUCAGUGUCUGGGGGCCUGGCAAACAGGGGCCCCCAGAUGAAGACCAGAGUGGGAAGGGGUGUGCCCGGGGAGCCGUAUGGGAAGGGCUCACUCUUCUUCCGUCCUUAGGAAAGCUCAUUGCACAGUACCCCCUUCCCAAGCAGCCCCCUGCGCCCAGACGAGUGGGUGGAGCUCAGCCACGGGCUCGCUCUCCUGCAGGCCAGGUGUGGCUCUCUCCCUGCGUUCUCUCUGAAUUGUAGGAAAGAAAAGUAAAUGGCAUAGACCUCCCCUCUCUGGUUGAGAAACUUAAAAGACAGAUUCAGAAGCCCUGGUGCAUGUUUGGAGACAAUUGCAAAAAGGCUGCAUUUGUCCCUGUGGCCUCAGGAGAAAUGAGUGUUCUUGAUGACAUGCGAAGGGACAUCUCAAUUGUCCAGAGGCAGCCACUCAUCUCUGGGAGGUGGCGCUGAGCUGCCAUAAUAACAGGAUUACCAGCCAACCUCCAGACAGCGCCGGCUGACUGCCGCCAGCUCUUAAUGGCCACAUCUGUCACUGAAGCCAGGCAUCCACCCACCAAUGCUUCAGCUCAAGUGGAGGUCAUGAGCGCAGAGAUGGAGAAGGAAUGAGGGAUCUUCUGCCUGGACUCCUUCUGGAAUCACUGACGGGGCCCUGCUCUCUGCAGGACCAGCCCGGAGGCUGGGCUGGGUAGUCAGCCAUUGCGUGCACAUCUUCCCAGCCGCUUCUCCAGCAAACUGCUCUCCAUCGAGCCCUGGUGUCUGCCCCGUGAGCAAGGUCUUUCGUAGACAGCUGUCUUCAUGAGAAAACCCAAGGAGGGAGGUCCAGAGCCAGGGUAAGGAGACAAGGCCAUGCUUGGUGUCUUCAUGGGCGUCACCCCAGCCCACAUACGCUCUGAUUCUUCACCUUCUGACCCCACCUCCCCCGGGGAGCCUGCAGCCUUGUAGAGGCAGGUGGCAGCUGCCUGUUCCCAAAUGGCCUGUCGAGAUGCGGUGGGAGGGAGGGUUCUGUUUGCUGUGAUGAGGGGAGGAGAGAAAAGGAUGGCUCUAGCUCUCAGGAGGCCCCUGCCUCCCAGGGCAACCCUGGUGGGCCCCUAGUUGGCUGGGUACCUCUGAACACAGGGGUGUCCCCCAUGAAGUUUUCUUUUUUUUACCUCUGAGGUAAAUGUCAGUUGAAUUCAACUUUUAAGCCUUUCCUCUUUUCGGUGUCUGGGCCAUAGAUGGUCAGAAGCUUUAGGGACCGUCUUGUCCAAACUCUUCACCAUACAUAGCACAGUGACUUGCUCAGGGUCACUCCACCUCAAUCACCUAUUGUGUUUUUACCUAUUUUUUUUCCACCGUCGCUCGGAUAACAAUGAGGAUAGAUGUGCACGCUAGAUUUCCAGCCAAAGAGUGUGCUGCACCCUCCCUCCUGCCUCAGUUGGGGUUCUGUCUUGGAUGUCAGGUAAAGGACAAGAGAUCUGACAUGAUUGCCUGAGUAUUGUGUUCAAGCCCUGUGCUAGAUUCACACGCAUAUGUUUAAUCCUUAUGUUACAUUACAGCAUCAUUGCUCCAAUACGCAGAUAAAGAACCAGAAGCGCAGAGGAAUGAAGUAACCUGCCCAAGGCCACACAGCAUGAAAGUGACAAGCUGGGAUUUGAACCCAAAUCUUCCAGCUCUAAAGUUAGGCCUUCAGUGGCUGGAUAGCACCUCUGGGCACAUUUAAACCAGGCCCUGGGUCUACAGAAGCCAUUUCCCAAGGUCCCACGUCAUGGUGUAGCCUGGGCCGGCUCUGGCUUCCACAGAUGGAAAUCUGACCAUCCUCAAAUGAGACACAGCCAUCCCCCUGCCCAGGGCCCUCUCUCUGCCCAGGCUUCAGGGGUAGUGGUUCCUGUCCCCUGCCCACCUCUUUAAAGUUAAGCACAAGUCUCUUUGUAUGGCCAGAGAAGUUCCCAGAGACCAGCUGUCUCGGGACCCAUGCAGAAGGGCCCCGGCUUAGACCUGGAGCCCCAGAGGGACCCACACGAGGAAUGAGGCUCCUGCAGCAGGAAUUGCUGACGAGUGUCGUGGGACGGUCCGUGUUGCUGGUUGGGCCCCAGCCUGAGCCUCUAGGCUCUCCCGAGCUGGGGUUGGGGGGCGGGGGAUGGAUCCUCCUCUCUUGGACCAAGGCUGGGGCUCCCGUUCUGGCUUCUCCUGGGUGAGGCCGGCCCCAGAGCCCACCUUGACUUGUCGAGUCAGUGCUGAGGAUGGAGGGCUGCCUCUUUCAGUAGCCACUCCUCAGAGAAAGAGUCCUGCAUUUGCUGGAAUGUUCUCUGUGCUUGCCCUUCCUCGUGCCCCACCCCCCCAUUUCCCCUCUGCGAGCCGUCAGUGUCCCACACCUCUGUGUGUUUGCGUGUGGGACACUUCCCUAAGCAGAGCACCACCUGCUUUAUGAGGCUGGAGUCACCGUCACUGGAGCCUUGAAGGAGAGGACACUUUAGUAGGCAUGUCCUAAGGGGUUCUGCCCCCGUAGGGUUCUGGGCAAGGUGAUGGCUCUGUCAGUCCCUGCCAUGUCACUGCUGUCCCUCUGCUUUUCAAGGAGGUCAAGGUCAUGAGAUCAAGGUCAAGAGGCAAAUGAGACUCCUCUGCCCGUCUCUACCCCCUAGAGAGACGAUUCCAUCUCUUUUCAGGAAUCCCCCAGGAUCCCAGGGAGGGCAGACGAGUACCACUCGGCUGGAGCAGCAACAGGCCAUUUUCCAGCCGGUUCUAAAUGGACGGGUUGGAUGUGUUGGAACCCCUGCCUGGAGACGAGAGACUUGGCCGGCGUCUGCUCUGCUCCUCAAUUCCUUGCAGACAAAUGGCACUUUCCUUCUUCAGGAGCGUGACCUCCCUUCAUUAUUAGUGGUGAUAUUAUUAAUAAUUAUUAUUCUUACUGCUGCUGUUUGUUGCGCAUCUUCCUUGUGCUGUGCACUCUGUUCGUAUCUCAUUUGCUUCUCAAAUCACCUCUUGGCGGCAGGAGUGAGGGUGUAGAAAAGUGCACAUUAAUUAUCGUCCCAUUUUUCUGUUGAGAAAACUGAGGCUGGGCCAUGCGCCCGAGAACCCACAGCUGAGGAGCUGUGAUUCGGGUCCAGCUCUGUUGGCUCUACGGGCUGGAGAGUUACCCUACAUCGCCCAGCACCAUGCCCUCUGUGAUGAGCCUUCUGGAAUGGUCCAUCCCGGGCCAGGGCUCUGAGGCUGAAGCUGUUUGGGUCCUGGAGAGCGAAUUUCAAGUGUGUGUCCUGGGGAGGGAUGGGCAGCCGUGCACAUGUAUUGAGCAGUCUCGGAACCCCAGCAGUGAGAGGCUUCAGAGAGCAUCCAGUCGGGACUAAUUUGGGAGAGGGCAGCCGAGGCCACAGGGUAAAUAGUGGAGAGCUAACGUUCAGGAGGUGGGAGGUAGCAGGGGACAAAAUAAUGCCAGCCGUAGUGAUAGAAGAAGAGGGAAGAUUCCCCCAGAGCAAGAACUGGUAAGUAGCAGGAGCAUAAUUAAAUGGUCA